AUGGAGUCCAAAAAGACCUUUGCCACCGCCGAGUCGACCUCCGUGGUUGCUGCCUUCUUCGAUAUGGACCCACAACAGCCCGGACGGCGCACAACCGCCUCUCCGGCCGGGUCACAUAGUAUAGGAGGACGGUCUCACUCGAGCCUGCGAUCACAAUCUCAACCGCGUGCCUCGACAUCAUGCGUGUCUCGAGAUGCCUCGGGUGGAGAUUGCGCACACCAGAGGUUCAUCGUGUGGGCUGCUGUGAAGCGGAACCGAUCUCUUCGUAUGGCGGCAAGCGAGCGACUGAGCUGUCCCCUCUUGCGAUGUGGAGAACGCUUUCAUGACCACGAGAAGAUGUUGAGGCACCUGGCCAAGUGCCAACAUCUCACGACAGGAGAAUAUGUAUGCUACGAGUGCAUGAAGGUUGAGCGAUUCAACGAUUCGAAAUGCAGCUGUUGUCUGGGCCACCCGACCAAGAGAAGGCGAAUCGUCAACAUAGCGAAGAACUUCUUUUCUAAUAUUGGCAGUAAAUCACGACGACACGGUUCGUCUGUUGCGUCUCAGACCGAUCAUAGGCUACCUCCUCCGAGCUAUGACUCUCUCGUGGUUGACACUCAUCACCAAUACGAACAACAAGAGCUAUGGCGGAGUCAGCAACAGCGGAGACAAUGGGACCAGCAAUGGGAAGAGCAAGAGCAUCAACAACCUCAACUAGAGCUGAACGGUACAGAAUUACUAGAGCUGGACUCUACACCACUGUCACCACCGGCUCAACUCGAUGCUAUCAACUACGAUACGCCGCAUGGGAACUCUUCAAACGCGUCUCAAGUACCUCCGCCGCCGCUGCUAGUUCAGUCGACCGAGGUGUUUACGGGGAAGCAAACGCCUUCUCACAUACACGAUGCGAUGCCUCCCCCUAAACCGGGCCCCUCGAACUCUGGAGGCAGCCGGCCCUCGCUCGCUUUGAUUACUUCUAUGGACCAUUUUAGGAGCGUCCCACGUCCAAAAUACUUGUCACCACGCUCUUCACUUCGUUCGAUGAGAAGCUCUCACGGUGUCUCUCCCAUUACCCCUUGGAGCGCGAAUUCGGUAUCAACGGGGGAAUGGACCAUGAACUCCAGUAUUGACACUGGGAUGACAUCGCCAGCAACACCUUUCAGUGCAGGCGGAUACCCCAUGGAACAACAGUCAGAACUAUCUUAUGCCAACGCCAAAGACAUGAGCGCGUGUCCCGAGGAUUCAUGUCAUUACACACUUGGAAACGUUUCUGAACUGCCAGGCGACGACCCAUUAUCCUUGGCUGUGCCGCGAGGGCUAUCUGAUCCGCUCUUCUUCUCAUUUGAUCCGAAGGACAACUACUCCUGGAUGUCCUCCGUCGAUACGGAAAUAUCAUUAGGGACCUCUGUCAAUAUGAUGUUCACCAAUGACGACGCCAGGCCGGUCGACUUGCCCUCAGAAUUCCUCGUAUCUCCGGUCUCUGCCUCCGAUACCAAAACUCUAGUUGGGUCAGCCUGGGAAGCCGUGCAGGAACAUAUCUCGAGUUCAAUGUCCAAAUUGACCCAACUACAAGGUAACCCGCUUGCCGAUAGGCUUCAAACACAGCUUCCACAGACAGUGGCCCUGGGUGGCCUCUCAAGCUUGAAGAGGAUACUGAACGGCAAUGAUCCGACGGACCCGCUGGACUACCUCAACUUUGUCCAUCUCAUGUAUGCGUUUUCUCUGGUCAUCCACGAAGAUCACCUGAUUACUCGAUACAACAAGUUUUACGAUCAGGCUCUCGCGUACAAAGGCUUCUUUAGCCCAGCCUAUGUCGACAUGUAUACGCAGAUUGCAAUAACUCUUUGGCAGCCCAGUGCUGAGCAGCAACCUCGACAGCCUGCGGGCGUUCCGCUGAGCAGGUCCUCGAGCUUGAAAGGCAAGGAGCCCGAAUGUCGUAAAGAUCCAAGGACGGCAGUGGGCUCCGACCCCCUGGUAGUAACGGGGCAGAACUUUCUGGAUGAUAUCGAAAACUCGGUUAUCGCAAGUGACACGCAGAGAUCCAUGGAAGUCCUUACCUCAGAACUGUGGUCAGCGCAUGUGACGGAGAUGCAACCCGACACAUCACGAAACAACCCAUUCGCAAUAACGUCGAACUACAUCAUUCAAGUCCUGAGCCAGAACUUCCAUGACUCACAGAGCCUCUUGCCGAGAUUGAGGGUCAUUGGCCAAAGGGUUCAUGCAGGAUAUAUCGCUACGGUCCGCAAGCUGGAGCUCGAAGUACUACAAGCUGGCAAGGACUCUCUGGCGUCUUCUGACCUUUUUGACGAAUUUAUCCCACAAGUGAGGGGUCUAUGCGACCCCAUUUACUCUCAACAAGGGUUCAGUCCACGGAAGAAGUACCACGCAUUGGGGAUAUCUUUAGUGGAAACAUUGCUCCGAAGCAUCACACGCGAGUCCUAUCCAACGCCGGAACAGACAUCCGCUUCCCAGAUGAACCUCCCAGACCCCUUCGACGAGUUUCUACGGGGUCUAGACAAGACAUUCGAUCCAGAUGAUGAGUUUCUCAUGCCUAUGGACACAGGCGCUUCCGUCCACGAGCCCAUGAACCCAGGCAACCAGUCCGACUUCGAUCCAACAGUAGACCCCACAGCCCUCCAACGACUCACGUCUACGGAUACUUCGAAGCCCCUGACAAUCAGGGCCUCUCGUCCAGAGACCUCAACCGAGCCCUUCGCGGGCUCGAUAGUGUCCUCGCCAGAUCGACAGCGGGCAACCACCGCGCCCAGCCCUUCCAUAUCAACGACUUCAGCAUGGGCCGAAGGAGCAAGAGGCGAUGACGCCGGACCGUCGUCGUCUUCUGCCUCGGGAUCGAAGAUAGAGGCGAACGACUGCUGCGAGCUAUGCGGCUAUCGCCCAAAAGGUGACCCGCAGUGGUUCAAAGGCAGCAUGGCGAAGCACAAGAAGAUGCAGCAUUCAACAAAUCCGCCUGUCAUCUAUAGGUGCCCGUACCCCGGUUGCAACAGUCAAUACAAGAACCGGCAAGACAACCUACGGCAGCAUCAGAUCGAGAAGAACCAUUUCGUCGGCGACGAAGCUACGAGGAGGCCUAGCAAGCGGAAGAAGGUGUCACAGGACCAGUAA